CCUCAGCCAGGCUUAGCUGCUGACAGCUGCUUGGGCCUCUGCCGCCAGAUCUCCGGUCUCGGUGACUCCCAAGCCACAACCCCUCCAAUGGCCCAGAAAGAAGAAGCCGCUGCGGCCGCCGCGCCUGCCUCCCAGAAUGGGGAGGGGGGCGAGGAUCUGGACAACCUAGACGACCCUGAGAAGCUGAAAGAGCUGAUCGAGCUGCCACCCUUUGAGAUUGUCACAGGGGAGCGGCUGCCUGUCAACUUCUUCAAGUUCCAGUUCCGGAAUGUGGAGUACAGUUCCGGACGGAACAAGACCUUCCUCUGCUACGUGGUCGAGGUGCAGGGCAAGGGAGGCCAAGUUCAAGCAACCCGGGGCUACCUGGAAGAUGAGCACGCGGCCGCCCACGCCGAAGAAGCCUUCUUCAACACCAUCCUGCCGGCCUUCGACCCGGCCCUGCGGUACAACGUCACCUGGUACGUGUCGUCCAGCCCCUGUGCGGCCUGCGCCGACCGCAUCAUCAGAACCCUGGGCAAGACCAAGAACCUGCGCCUGCUCAUCCUGGUGGGGCGGCUCUUCAUGUGGGAAGAGCCUGAGAUCCAGGCUGCGCUGAAGAAGCUGAGGGAGGCUGGCUGCAGGCUGCGCAUCAUGAAGCCGCAGGACUUCGAGUACGUCUGGCAGAACUUUGUGGAGCAGGAAGAGGGAGAAGCCAAGGCCUUUGAGCCCUGGGAGGACAUUCAGGAGAACUUCCUCUACUACGAGGAGAAGCUAGCCGACAUCCUCAAGUAGGCGGCAGGGCUCGGCCUCACGUCUGCCUGCUGCCACAGCAGUGACACGUAUGGCCAUCCCGAACAUGUCUGUCUUGGAGCUGGACACACGAUGCCAAUCGAUUCUACUGGACAAGGCCCUCAGAAGACUCAAAAUAUACUUCUCACAGUGUAAUUCA